AUGGCGAAAGCCGCUUUCGUCACUUCUUUCCUUGUCUUGUUUAUCACUGUAUCAUAUGGAUAUAAACAAGAAUGUGCUAUUGGUCCUCAAUAUUGGUGUCAAUCAUUUGAAACUGCACAAGACUGUGGGUCACUACGUCAUUGUACCGAUACAGUUUGGCGUUACGAUGCAAAAAGUACCAAAGUCGAUUCAUCAACAACAUGUGAAUGGUGUCAAAAAAUUCUUGAAAAUACUCAUCAAGGAAUUCAACAUUUAGCCAACAAUGAGGAUUUGAUUAGAUCAUCGCUAGUAGAUGGAUGUAAACUAUUCCCAUUGGCUACUGUUUCAUCAAAAUGUACAAAUGCUCUUGAAAAUUAUGGAACAUCAGUUACUUCAUUAAUGAAACAUAAACGUUAUGCUACAUUAUGUCGUCUGAUGAAUAUUUGUUCAAAUGAAUCAGUAACAGAAGCUUCAUCAACUGAAAAACCAGUGAGACUUGGACAAAAACGAUGUACAUGGGGUCCAUCCUAUUGGUGUUCAUCGUUAAGUAAUUCGCGUGAAUGUAGUACCGUAGAUCAUUGUUCGAAUAAUAUUUGGUCAAAACAAUCCAUUCAAAAGAAACCAAAUGAUAAUAUUUGUCAAUAUUGUGAAUUUACUAUACAAAAACUACGUGUUAUUAUCAAUGAUCAGAAAACAGAAAUUGAUGCCGAAAAAUGGUUAGCCGGUGCUUGCUCUAUGUUACCAGCAAAAGAUGCUAUUGAUGAAUGUGUGCAAAUGAUGAGUAAAUAUGCCGAGGAAAUUCUUGCUGUUAUCAAAACUAAUAUUGAUCCCGGCGUAAUCUGUCAUUUGGUUCAUAUGUGUAAAGAAGCAACAGUUAUAACACGAGUUGAACUUGAAGAUAAAAGAACAGAAGAAAAGUCAAUUAUCAAUGUUGAUCAUGAUAAAUUAUCGGAGCGAUUACCCAUUGAUCAACAAUCAAAAAUGUUGUGUAAUGUCAUUGUUCGUGCUACACAUGAACUUCAUGUUAAACAACAUAAAACUCGAGAUGAAAUUCAAGCAUUUUUAAAAGAUGACUGCCAAAAGUUAUCAACAAACGAACUUGUACAAAAAUGUGAAAAUAUAGUUGAACACCAUGGUCUUAACAUUCAUGCACAUGUUGCAAGUAAAAUUGAAUUAUCAACAGUUUGUGAUUAUAUUGAUGAUUUUGCCGAUCAUUCUGCUCUUCAAUCUCUUCCAAAUGUACAUUGUGAAUUAUGUACAUUUGUUUUAACAACAACAAAAUAUAUGCUUGAUGCUAAACAUACUGAAGAUAAAGUACUCAUGUACAUUGACGAACAAGUAUGUGCACGUUUAACUGGUGUAGCAAAGAAAAAUUGUAAAGAUAUAAUUGAAAACGAUGGAAAAAAUCUAAUUAAUAGCAUUCAAUCAGGAACAAAAUCAAUGCUUCUUUGUACUCGUUUUCAAGUUUGUAUUAGUAACGUGCUCGAUAAAGCAAGUCCAAUUGAAAAAAAUGAAAAGGAUUCAUUUCUCAAAGAAAACAUUUGUGAAAAACUUGGAUCAUUCAAAGAUGCUUGUAAUGGAUUGAUUGAAAAAGAUGCUAAUCGUCUUAUAACAGCACUUGCGGUUGAUAUGGAAGGUGAUGAUCUUUGUCGUAUAUUUGGAUUGUGUCCAAAGAAAAUGUCACUCUUUGAUAAUUUGGCUGUUAAUGAUGAUAAAAAUAAAUGUCAACGAUGCAUAACUGAUUUUACACGACGAAAACAUAUUGCAGAAAAACUUGUGAAUCAUUCAUCAGAAUUUCUUCAUCAUCUUUGUGAACAAUUACCUCAAAAAGAUGAUUGUAUAAAAACUGUUGAAGAAUCAAUCAAUGAACUUGUUGAUUUCGUUCGAUCAUUGGAUCCACAAGACAUUUGUGUAAAAUUAAAUUACUGUAAUGAAACAAUGUUGGCAACAAUGGAACAAGUUCAGAUUAGUUCAACGGAUGACGUCAUGAGUUUGGGAUCAUCUUUAACGAGAGAUACUCUCAAUUGUACUUUAUGUAAAUUGGCAUUUGGUACUAUAAAAAAAGCACUUACAACGAAUUCAACCGAGCAAGAAAUUAUUCAAUCUAUUAAAGUUGAAAUCUGUUCAAAACUUGGAGCUCUUGCAGAAUUGUGCAAACAAGCUAUUGAUACUGAAGGUCCAGCUAUUUUAAAUAUGAUUGCAAACGAUAUUGACCCAAAAAAAGCAUGCGUUACAAUGGGUAUUUGUGCGCAGAGUGCACAAUUUGCAAAUUGUAAUGACAAAUGUGAUUGCUGUAUGAGUAAAAUUGAAAUUCAUGAAGUACGAAUUGCUACGUUUCUGCGUGCAAUUGUUGACAAUAUUAAAACUCUAUGCAAACGUACGCCAGGAGCUAAUAAGUGCCUUGAAAUGACUACAAAACUUGAAUCAAACGUCAAUCGAAUAACUUCACGUUUUAAUGCUAAAGGUGUUUGUCAAAUAUUAAAUCAUUGUUCAACAUUACCUGUUGAGAUUGAAACGUUAUCGGUAUGCAAAUCACGAAUUGAAUCUAAAAGACAAUUUCUUCUUUCAUCAAUAUCGACAAUAAAUGAAAAUCUUAAAUCACUUUGUGAAUAUAUUCCGUGGAAUAAAGAUUGUUAUUCGAUUAUUGAUCGAUCAACUUUUGAUGUUAAUCAAAAAGUUUCACAAUUAGAUGCUGAAAAGACUUGUACAUCAGGUCAAUCUUUAGUUGAUUUAAUUUGUAUCAAAAAUAGUCCAUUUGAAAUAUUAUGCAAACAACUUGUUGAAUCCAAUGAGAAUAGUUUACGUAUGGAAGCUUUAUUUAAAUCAAUGUUUAAUCGAAAUGGACAUCUCGAAAAAGAACUUUGUGAAUUCGAUCAUGAACAUCAAUCAUCCGAUUGUAAACCAUCAUUUACAUCGAAGAAUUGUGAAAAUAAGUGUGAUUGUUGUGUACAAUUUUAUACAACAAAAAAGAACUACGAUUUACAAAUGAUUGAAACAUUACGAAAUGGACUUUUAGCUACUUGUGAUUGGAGUUUAUCGAAAGAUUAUUGCAUUUCAUGGUUCAAUCGUGUAUGCGAUCGAAUGAAAGCUAACUCUAAUGGAUUUACACCAACCACCUUUUGUAAAGGAACUGAGUUUUGUUUGAUUGAACAAGAAUCUAAAAUCGAUGGUGACAAAUGUGAAACUUGCAAAAAACGACUUAAUUCGCGUCAGAGUCGCUUCCGUACAACUGUUAACGAAGUAACAACAGCACUUCUUUCAUUAUGUACGGAUAGUGACUGUCGAUCACUUGUUCAAUCAGCACAACAACAAUCACUAAAUCAAAUAGAUAAAAUCAAUUCUCAAACCUAUUGUCAACGUUAUGGUUACUGUUCAUCAGAUCGUUCAUCUCAAACCUCAUUAUAUCUUUCACGUUUAUUAAUACAUUCGAAUCAUCAUGUUGGAUCAUCUAUUGAAGCUUUAGAUCAACGUUUCGAAUCAGCUUUAUCAAGUGAUAUUUGCUUUCAAUAUGGACAACUACGACCUAUGUGUGACCAUUUAUUAGCAUCACCACAAGGUCAUCGUUAUGCUAAUGUUUAUAUGGCUAUAUUGAAAAAUAAUCCAAAACUAAUUGACGAUGAUUUACGUGAACAAAUGGCAACUAAAGCGACUACUAAUUUUUGUGAUUCAUGUAAAAAUGCUAUUGAAUCAUCAAAAGAUUUCUUAAAUAAUGCCUUAGAUUCCGUUCUUAGCACAUUACUUCGUACAUGUGAACGUUGUCCAGUUAAAGAUCAAUGUCAAGACUUUUAUAAUCAACGAUUUAAUGAUAUUAAAUCCUAUAUCACUAACAUUAAUUCUGACCAAUUUUGUCAAUCACUUCAUUUAUGUGCCAAAUUGCCAAUUAUUAUUAAAAGUGAUCAAUGCUCAAAAUGUGUCGAAAGUUUACAAACACGAAAAACAAAUAUUUUACAUGCAAUGAAUCGUGUUGUUGCUUAUUUUGAUGAUCUUUGUCAACGUUUUGCCGGUAAACAAUGUCAAGUAUUUGUUAAACAAAUUCAAGAUUCAUUUGAAGAAUCUAUUGACAAUUUUGAUCCAAAACAAGCAUGUAAUGUAUUUGGUUUUUGUUCAACAACAAAUAAUCAAAAUCAAAUGGAUUUUGAGAAAUAUGAAAAAUACUUAGAAGAUGAAUUUGACAAAAAUAUUUGUUCAACUCUUGGUCCAUUUGAAACCUUAUGUAAACAAACUAUUCGUGGAAAUAGAAAACAAAUUGAAACAGUUAAAAUUAAUUAUAACGUUAAAGAUUUAAUGUUAAUCGGAGAAAAAUUAACAAACGGUAUGACUACAAACUUUUUCAAUGCAGCCAAUCUUAAUGAAUGCAAUCGUGAUAAAUGUCAAUGUUGUACCAAUCAAGUCAAUCAAAAGAAAGAUUGUGCAAAGAAUAUGGGAGAUAAAUUAAUUGCAUCUUUUAUUGCUUCAUGCGAUUAUUGUCCAGCUAAAGAUAAAUGUCAAAAAUAUUGGCAAGACUCUCAAACACAAUUUGAUUCAUGCAUUGACAAUAUGGACUCCAAACAAGUUUGUACUCGUCUUGGUUAUUGUAAUGUUUCAUCGUUAUGUAUGAAUAUGGGUGUUUUCCAACAAGCAUGUGAAGAAGCACUUACUGCUUUUACUCAAUCGCUUCAUCGUGAUCCAGAAAUACUCGAAAAACAUUUACCACAUACAUCAGUUGUAGUUUUACCAACAAAAGCAACGGAAGAAACAGAUCUAUUGAAAGAUUCGAAUUCUACUUGUAUUCUUUGUGAAUAUACAAUGAAAAUUCUCUCAAAUUAUAUUCAUCAAAAUUCAACGGAGCAAGAAAUUGAACAAAGUUUAGAGAAAAUUUGUAAUCAAAUGCCAGUCACUUUACAAAAGCAAUGUCAUGAAUUAAUUGAUAAUUAUGGUCCACCCAUUAUUGCAGUACUUAUUAAUGAUUUCGAUCUCUCGACUAUUUGCCGAAAACUUAAUUUAUGUACAAAUCAAAUGAAAGUACAAGUUUCUUAUCUGACAAAAGCCAAUCAAGCAACAUGUGGCAUCUGUGAUUAUGUUUCAACUUAUAUCAAUUUUGCAUUGAAACGUGAUUCAAGUGAAAAAUCACUUCAACAUGCAUUGUCAACUGUUUGUCAGCAUUUAUUAAAUGAACAAUAUUCACAAUGUCAAACAUUAAUUCAAUUAGUUGCACCGCAUAUUCGAACAUUAGAACUUGGUAUUAAUAGAAAUUUUUGUCAACAAUUAACUAUUUGUCAAACAUCAACAGAUAAUAUGAAUGUAGUUAAACCUUCAGUAGUUCAUGUACCAUUGAAAAAAGAAGAAUCAACUAAAGACGAUGAUGAAUUAAAACAGAUGAUUGUUAAGAAUCUAGAUAUUACACCACAAUGCACAUUAUGUCACUAUGUUAUUUCCUAUUUGGAUGCUGUUCUGAAGAAUAAUAAAUCGGAAGCAGCAGUUGAAGCAGCAUUAGAAAAAGUGUGCACUAUUUUGCCAAGUAAAGAACGUGCUCGAUGUGAUGAUUUCGUUAAAACUUAUGGGCCAGUUCUUGCUGAAUUGAUUGUUGAAAUGGCUGAUCCAGAUGCUAUUUGUCGUUAUCUUGGCAUGUGUCAGGUUGCAUUACCAAUAGAAGCAACUACAAAAAAAACGGCACCUGUUACGUAUUCAAAUCAUGAUUAUGUCCGUCUAUCAGCAGAACCAAAACCAUUUGCAUGUACUAUUUGUCAAUUCAUCAUUACUCGUAUGAAACACUUUGCUACUCUCAAUCAAACAGAAGAAGAAAUUCUUGCAUCAUUAAAACAAUCAUGUGAUUUAUUCACUGUUAUUAAUCUGAAACAGCAAUGUCAAGAUUUUCUUCAACAAUAUGGACCAUAUAUUAUUCAAAUGAUCUCCAGUGAUGUUGAACCGAAGAUUGCUUGUCAAAAUUUAGGAAUAUGUGAAAAAAAUGUAGCAACAUCACCAAAACCAACAGUCCAUCAAUCUACUCCUCCAGCUCCGGUGGCAUCAUCAACAACGUAUGGAAAAUGUAUAUUCGGUAUGAAUUAUUGGUGUACAAGUCGUCAAAAUGCAGAAUUAUGCAACGCUGUCGAAUUAUGUGAACGUCAAGUUUGGUCAAAAAGAAAUAAGAACAUUGUUAUUUAA